AUGAACAAAGACGGCGGACACUAUUUACCAUCCACUGAUAUCCACCUUCUCAGCGAGAUGGCAUUUCCAACAUUUCAUUUCUGCCUUGCGUUGAACCCUGUUUCCGUGGCUAACACGUUUUCCAUUGUUUCUCUCGUCGCACCAGCAACACAAACCCUUCUGCACCCUCAUUCCAACGUCUCCGUUUCCUUUCAGGCACCCGAUUAUUAUUUAUAUCAUAUAUGUACGUUUACCUUCCCGGCAACGCGGUAUUGGCUGCUGUUUUUGCAGCUGCAGUUUCUGCUCGUGUGCCAUUAUUGUACGGAACAAGGCACGGAGUGA